AGUCUCACAGGAGAGCUCAGUGAUCCAAGUUGUAUAUUAGUCGUGGGCGAGAGCAAGAUAUCUGUGAAUUAGGUCGCUGGCACCUCGGCAGCAGUGGACAUUCUGCAGACAACAGUUAAAAGGUGACAGCUGUGAGAUAUGAAUAACUAGAGACAAACAGGCACUAGUCCCACAAACUACAAUCAUCCGAAAUAUUACCGUGCUUCUAGCAAAGACAAACCAACCCACAGUAAGACAAGGUCUCUGUUGGUUGUUACUUUUUCAUCUACCAUGGAGUCCCUGUCGUCUUUUGACGGUGGCCAUGUUUUACAAGUGGACAGUGAACCGGUAUGUAAGGGACACCGUCGCAAGAGGGAGUUCAUACCUGAAGAGAAGAAGGAUGCCCUAUACUGGGAGAAACGUCGCAAGAACAACGAGGCAGCCAAGCGGUCACGGGAGAAGAGAAGGAUGAAUGACUAUGUGCUGGAGACUCAUUUCAUAGCCCUGAAAGAAGAAAAUGCCAGGCUUAGUGCUGAAUUAAUGGCCAUGAAGCUCCACUUUGGGCUGGUUCACCCUGCAGCAUACACUGCCCACCAGAGCAACCAACUGAAUCACCAUGUUCACAGCGGCACCCUGUCACCCACGCCUGCCACCAGCACCCACCCCCAGUUCCUGCAGAGGGACUACUACUGGCAUGGUAGAGACUCUACUGUUAUGCCAAGCCACCAACCCUCUCAGCCUCUUUUCAUUCCUGCAUAUGCCCUCCAUACCAUGAGAGGUUACCCAUACUUAAACACAUCUGGUGGUGCCAACUCUGGCCUUGUCACUCCCCUUGCUCUCCCUCGAAAUCUCCUGCCGACCCACGCACCCCGACCUGGAGCUUCUCUACUGAAGCCCAUUCCUACAAGAGCCGCCUCAGAUGAGGAGGAAGAGCAGCAGGUCCCAGGGGUGCUGUCCCUGACGUGCUCUGCUCCGCCUCGCAAAAUCAACAGGAAAGGAGAAAGGGUCUACUUCCCACCAAGACAAUGCACAUCCAACUGACUGUCAAAUAUAAAGGGGUGUAUCUACUGUAAGGCUGUUGGAUUGAUUGAGUGAAAAAUAAAUAGCUCAUUUCUCUUUACAUCCCGUUAAAAAUUCCUGCUUACACCGUAACUUUAAGAGCUCUAUUAUUGUAGAGUAAUGGCACAUGGUGCGUGUUGCGCUUAAAAAGUACGACGUAAGUGCAUAAAGUUUUUAAACCACCACACUCUCCGCUUUUCAUAUCACAGCACACAUUGACAGUUCUAUGUUGAAUGUUCAUUCACUCUACAGCCCCUUGAAGAACAUAUUGCCCCCCACACACCAGAAAAGUUAGUGUUUGAAUAAAAUCCAUUCAUGUACAAGUGCACAGCAUGCCAUGCUGCGUCAGAAAAAUAAAAAUAAAAAAAAUAUAUAUAUAUACAGCUCUAAAGCUAAUUGAGCUCCUUUCUGCGUGAUGUCAAAGUCAAGCAGAUGUUCAGAUGUGGGUUAUGAAUAAGUAGUCACUCAUCUUGAUCGGAGCUACCUACUCUCCGGUCAGAGGACUGCUAAUUAUUCAACCACAACAUCAUGUUUUUUUUUUCUUUUACAUGCAUGAAUGUUGAUGAGAAAUGUGGCAGAACUAGUUGUGUGUCAAAUGUCAGUUUGUAUUUUGUCGAUGAAUAAGCAUUACUUGAUGCUAAUGUAUAUCUGUUAACCAUCAAUUGUAAUCUCAACUAGAUUAAUGUAGAAUCAAUUAUAUCUCACCACCUUUUUUUAUACGGUGAAAUGCAGCUGAAAACAUGCGUUACUCGAAAUAAAAAGUUGUAAAAAGAUAAACUUUUGGAUAUCAUAUGGUUUCAUCUGGGACAUGGCAAAGUUACUAUAGGUUGCAACCUCCCUCCAAAUGGAAACAGUGAAAUGUGAUGUUGUAUUUCUUUGGUUUUCCUGUGUGGGCAGGCAGACAUCUUCCAUCAUGCUGUGGUCUGGACAGUCUGUCUGAACCUGUCAAUAAUCUAAAAAGCUUUGGGUCGACAUUGUGGUGAAUAUAUUUUACAUUAAAAAGAGAUUAAAACAAUUACGUUAAAGCAUUGUGAACAAAGUUUUAAGUUAUCCUAAGUAUUUCCUCCAUAACCCAGAAACUGAUGGAAAAUUCACCAUAUCAUGUACUUUGCCAACAGAGGAGGAGAUAAAGGCUGUGUCCAAAUACAGAGACCAACUCCUACAGUGCUGUGGCCUUGAGCAGAUUGAAGGUUUGUGUACUUCAGUACUCAAAAAAAUUAGACCGUCUGUCCAAAGAGAAAAGUAAAACUUUUGCAUUAGGUUACAGAAACAGCAGCUUACUGCUCUCUUCUUCUAGCUGGCAUCUGUUGUUUCUUUCCAUGUAUUUUCAAGUCAGCAUUACCCCAGGCUGCUGCAGAUUGUUGGCUGUUUGCCCAACAACCUCAAGGCAACAUUGCUGCUGGCCAGGCAAAUAGCCAGUCCUGCUGGCUGAAAGACAAACUCAAAGAAACAGUGACUGCCAACAGGAACAAGACAGCAGCUGACUACUGAGUAAGUGUUUUUGUAAUAUAACACUAUUUGUUGUUUAUGGACAGACAUGCAAUAACUUAUCAGCUGCUGUGGCUAAGAUUAUUAAACAGGGCCAAUAGAGCUGUUAAAAGCAGGUAGUUAAAAAUGUCAAUUUUAUGACAUAUGGCACAUUUGCUUAUAAAUAAGUAGUCCGUAAAACAAACAACAGAGCUCCAUCUCCAUAAGGCCCAUAGCAAUUUACACAAUCUAAAAACUACUUAAUUACUGACAAUGGGAAUACAGAGAGCCUGGCAGGUAUUAGGGGAAUCUUUUUAAAUUAUCUGUUCACAAUAACCAGUUAUUUGAGCCAGUAAAUUAUUACUCUGUGCCUAAGAAAUAUUAUACUGUACCCUUAUAUUGUCCUUAAGAAUCCUCCUCACACAGUUUUUAGUGUAAUGACAAUGAAUUUGCCUUGUUUUGCAGGGUUACAGAAAACAUUGAGUACUUCACACUACAGCCAGCAUGCUAACAUUGGAGCAGGUGACCUGGCUAAAGCAGUGUGGGGAAACAUUGUGCUGUUUCAGUUAUUUUAUGGCACAGUGUGAUAUACUUACGAACAAGACGUGGCCGCCAUGGUGCUUCUUGGGUGCUUUUCUAUGUAAUUAAGAAAAACAAAACAGCUUACCACACUGACUAAUGUUAACUUACAGGGAGGAGACACUCGAGCACAACCUUCCAACAUAUGGUUCCGCCAUCUUUGUUACACGUACACUUUACCGGUCGGGCGUAGCGCGUGGGAGAUCACCUUCGCUUCCGUCAUGCCCCAAGCAACCAGUAGGAGUCGCUAGUGCGGCGAGGCGAGCAGGAGGCUCCGCCCCGCAGCCCAACUCGAGCCCGACGCUUGUCGCUCAUCUUCCCGUCUGUGUCUUGCAGAUUAAUCCACACGUGGUUGUUAAAAUGAACAUCUUACUUAACCGCAGUAGCCUGCUGUGUAAAAUCAAUCUUACAUAGGCCAGGGAGGUCAUGUUCUCCCCCUUUCUGUUUAUCCGUCAACAGGAUUAUUACGCAAAAAAAAAAAAAGAAAAGAAAAAAUUGCCAAUUUGCCGAUUUGCACAGAACUUGGCGGAGGGAUGGGGCAUGGGCCAGAGUAGUACCCAUAAAAUUUUAGAGCAAACCAGGGUCAUUAACUGUGAAUUAGAUUUUUUUUUUUCUGUGAAGUCUGGUUUAUGUCGUAGGACUUUCUUUUCUGUUUUUUUUUUUUGUCUCAGUAGUUUUGGUCAGCUGGUUGAUAAAUAGUAUUUUCCAAACCACAUAUGCACCAAUAAUGUCAUUCUGUGAGUAAUGUAGCAUGAAGGUUGUCCCCUGCUGUGCCUUUCUGCUGAAUAGUGCUAACUUGCUAAAAUAAGAUCUUUAUGUAGUGAGUGUGUGUAAAAUGCUUAAUCUGUUUGGAUAUAAUUGUAAUCAUUGGAAUUUUCCCACUGUAACGUUGGUAAUUUUCUGUAUAUGUCUUAAUGGUGUUUCAAACCUUUCUGUGGCCGCCUGGUUCUGUAAGCUUCAUUAUAAUAAUAAUACAAUAUUAGUCACAGACUUUACAUAGUGUAUUACCCUGUUUUCAUAGGCAAACUAAACCGAGACACCAUUUAUUAGUCACCACAACUUGUCUUGUUUUGCUUUUGUUUGUAAUAAAAUCACCAAAAUGGGACUCUUUAACUCAAAGUUUAUUUAUACCCAGCACUUUAUCAAAUGCAAGACAAUUGAGCUCAUACAGACUCCCUAAGGGCAACAUUGUCUUAGAGCAUGGUAUUAAGCCAGUGUUUUUCUCUAUUUAAACAUACUCAUCCCUACUCUCAAUCUUGUGUUGACUGAUCUUUGGUGUCAUGCAGCUGAUAUCAGAGUUUAUAGGCUACGGCAGGUUUUUAAUCUAUUUUCAACCAAAAAUACAGAAAUCUUGAUCAUGUUUUCAGUCUAAUAUGAAAUUUGAUUUUUUAUUAAAAAAAUAAAUCUCUAUAACUA